AUGAAAGCAACUCUUUCUUCGGAUGGUGAGAUGAAAGUAACUCUUUCAUCAGAUGGUGAGAUGAAAGCAACUCUUUCAUCAGAUGGUGAGAUGAAAGUAACUCUUUCAUCAGAUGGUGAGAUGAAAGUACCUCUUUCAUCAAAUGGUGAGAUCAAAGCAACUCUUUCAUCAGAUGGUGAGAUGAAAGCAACUCUUUCAUCAGAUGGUGAGAUGAAAGUACCUCUUUUAUCAGAUGGUGAGAUGAAAGUACCUCUUUCAUCAGAUGGUGAGAUGAAAGCAACUCUUUCAUCAGAUGGUGAGAUGAAAGCAACUCUUUCUUCGAAUGGUGAGAUGAAAGUAACUCUUUCAUCAGAUGGUGAGAUGAAAGCAACUCUUUCAUCAGAUGGUGAGAUGAAAGUAACUCUUUCAUCAGAUGGUGAGAUGAAAGUACCUCUUUUAUCAGAUGGUGAGAUCAAAGUAACUCUUUCAUCAGAUGGUGAGAUGAAAGCAACUCUUUCAUCAGAUGGUGAGAUGAAAGUACCUCUUUCAUCAGAUGGUGAUAUGAAAGUAAUUCUUUCAUCAGAUGGUGAGAUGAAAGUACCUCUUUCAUCAGAUGGUGAGAUGAAAGCAACUCUUUCAUCAGAUGGUGAGAUGAAAGUACCUCUUUCAUCAGAUGGUGAGAUGAAAGUAACUCUUUCAUCAGAUGGUGAGAUGAAAGUAACUCUUUCAUCAGAUGAUGGUGAGAUGAAAGCAACUCUUUCAUCAGAUGGUGAGAUGAAAGUACCUCUUUUAUCAGAUGGUGAGAUCAAAGUAACUCUUUCAUCAGAUGGUGAGAUGAAAGCAACUCUUUCAUCAGAUGGUGAGAUGAAAGUACCUCUUUCAUCAGAUGGUGAGAUGAAAGUAAUUCUUUCAUCAGAUGCUGAGAUGAAAGUACCUCUUUCAUCAGAUGGUGAGAUGAAAAUACCUCUUUCAUCAGAUGGUGAGAUGAAAGCAACUCUUUCAUUAGAUGGUGAGAUGAAAGCAACUCUUUCUUCAGAUGGUGAGAUGAAAGUAACUCUUUCAUCAGAUGGUGAGAUGAAAGCAACUCUUUCAUCAGAUGGUGAGAUGAAAGCAACUCUUUCAUCAGAUGGUGAGAUAAAAGCAACUCUUUCUUCAGAUGGUGAGAUGAAAGUAACUCUUUCAUCAGAUGGUGAGAUGAAAGCAACUCUUUCAUCAGAUGGUGAGAUGAAAGUAACUCUUUCAUCAGAUGGUGAGAUGAAAGUACCUCUUUCAUCAAAUGGUGAGAUCAAAGUAACUCUUUCAUCAGAUGGUGAGAUGAAAGCAACUCUUUCAUCAGAUGGUGUGAUGAAAGUACCUCUUUCAUCAGAUGGUGAUAUGAAAGAAAUUCUUUCAUCAGAUGGUGAGAUGAAAGUACCUCUUUCAUCAGAUCGUGAUAUGAAAGUAAUUCUUUCAUCAGAUGGUGAGAUGAAAGUACCUCUUUCAUCAGAUGGUGAGAUGAAAGCAACUCUUUCAUCAGAUGGUGAGAUGAAAGCAACUCUUUCUUCAGAUGGUGAGAUGAAAGUAACUCUUUCAUCAGAUGGUGAGAUGAAAGUACCUCUUUCAUCAGAUGGUGAGAUGAAAGUACCUCUUUCAUCAAAUGGUGAGAUGAAAGUACCUCUUUCAUCAGAUGGUGAGAUGAAAGUAACUCUUUCAUCAGAUGGUGAGAUGAAAAUACCUCUUUCAUCAAAUGGUGAGAUGAAAGCAACUCUUUCAUCAGAUGGUGAGAUGAAAGUAACUCUUUCAUCAGAUGGUGAGAUGAAAGCAACUCUUUCAUCAGAUGGUGAGAUGAAAGUACCUCUUUUAUCAGAUGGUGAGAUCAAAGUAACUCUUUCAUCAGAUGGUGAGAUGAAAGCAACUCUUUCAUCAGAUGGUGAGAUGAAAGUACCUCUUUCAUCAGAUGGUGAGAUGAAAGUAAUUCUUUCAUCAGAUGGUGAGAUGAAAGUUCCUCUUUCAUCAGAUGGUGAGAUGAAAGUACCUCUUUCAUCAGAUGGUGAGAUGAAAGCAACUCUUUCAUCAGAUGGUGAGAUGAAAGCAACUCUUUCUUCAAAUGGUGAGAUGAAAGUAACUCUUUCAUCAGAUGGUGAGAUGAAAGAAACUCUUUCAUCAGAUGGUGAGAUGAAAGUAACUCUUUCAUCAGAUGGUGAGAUGAAAGUACCUCUUUCAUCAGAUGAUGGUGAGAUGAAAGCAACUCUUUCAUCAGAUGGUGAGAUGAAAGUACCUCUUUCAUCAGAUGGUGAGAUGAAAGUAAUUCUUUCAUCAGAUGGUGAGAUGAAAGUACCUCUUUCAUCAGAUGGUGAGAUGAAAGUAACUCUUUCAUCAGAUGGUGAGAUGAAAGUACCUCUUUCAUCAGAUGGUGAGAUCAAAGUACCUCUUUCAUCAGAUGGUGAGAUGAAAGCAACUCUUUCAUCAGAUGGUGAGAUGAAAGUAACUCUUUUAUCAGAUGGUGAGAUGAAAGUACCUCUUUCAUCAGAUGGUGAGAUGAAAGCAACUCUUUCAUCAGAUGGUGAGAUGAAAGUAACUCUUUUAUCAGAUGGUGAGAUGAAAGUACCUCUUUCAUCAGAUGGUGAGAUCAAAGUAACUCUUUCAUCAGAUGGUGAGAUGAAAGCAACUCUUUCAUCACAUGGUGAGAUGAAAGUACCUCUUUCAUCAGAUGGUGAGAUCAAAGUACCUCUUUCAUCAGAUGGUGAGAUGAAAGCAACUCUUUCAUCAGAUGGUGAGAUGAAAGUAACUCUUUUAUCAGAUGGUGAGAUGAAAGUACCUCUUUCAUCAGAUGGUGAGAUCAAAGUAACUCUUUCAUCAGAUGGUGAGAUGAAAGCAACUCUUUCAUCAGAUGGUGAGAUGAAAGUACCUCUUUCAUCAGAUGGUGAUAUGAAAGUAAUUCUUUCAUCAGAUGGUGAGAUGAAAGUACCUCUUUCAUCAGAUGGUGAUAUAAAAGUAAUUCUUUCAUCAGAUGGUGAGAUGAAAGUACCUCUUUCAUCAGAUGGUGAGAUGAAAGCAACUCUUUCAUCAGAUGGUGAGAUGAAAGUACCUCUUUCAUCAGAUGGUGAGAUGAAAGUAACUCUUUCAUCAGAUGGUGAGAUGAAAGUAACUCUUUCAUCAGAUGAUGGUGAGAUGAAAGUACCUCUUUCAUCAGAUGGUGAGAUGAAAGUAACUCUUUCAUCAGAUGGUGAGAUGAAAGUACCUCUUUCAUCAGAUGGUGAGAUCAAAGUACCUCUUUCAUCAGAUGGUGAGAUGAAAGCAACUCUUUCAUCAGAUGGUGAGAUGAAAGUAACUCUUUUAUCAGAUGGUGAGAUGAAAGUACCUCUUUCAUCAGAUGGUGAGAUGAAAGCAACUCUUUCAUCAGAUGGUGAGAUGAAAGUAACUCUUUUAUCAGAUGGUGAGAUGAAAGUACCUCUUUCAUCAGAUGGUGAGAUCAAAGUAACUCUUUCAUCAGAUGGUGAGAUGAAAGCAACUCUUUCAUCAGAUGGUGAGAUGAAAGUACCUCUUUCAUCAGAUGGUGAGAUCAAAGUACCUCUUUCAUCAGAUGGUGAGAUGAAAGCAACUCUUUCAUCAGAUGGUGAGAUGAAAGUAACUCUUUUAUCAGAUGGUGAGAUGAAAGUACCUCUUUCAUCAGAUGGUGAGAUCAAAGUAACUCUUUCAUCAGAUGGUGAGAUGAAAGCAACUCUUUCAUCAGAUGGUGAGAUGAAAGUACCUCUUUCAUCAGAUGGUGAUAUGAAAGUAAUUCUUUCAUCAGAUGGUGAGAUGAAAGUACCUCUUUCAUCAGAUGGUGAUAUAAAAGAAAUUCUUUCAUCAGAUGGUGAGAUGAAAGUACCUCUUUCAUCAGAUGGUGAGAUGAAAGCAACUCUUUCAUCAGAUGGUGAGAUGAAAGUACCUCUUUCAUCAGAUGGUGAGAUGAAAGUAACUCUUUCAUCAGAUGGUGAGAUGAAAGUAACUCUUUCAUCAGAUGAUGGUGAGAUGAAAGCAACUCUUUCAUCAGAUGGUGAGAUGAAAGUACCUCUUUCAUCAGAUGGUGAGAUGAAAGUACCUCUUUCAUCAGAUGGUGAGAUGAAAGCAACUCUUUCAUCAGAUGGUGAGAUGAAAGCAACUCUUUCUUCGAAUGGUGAGAUGAAAGUAACUCUUUCAUCAGAUGGUGAGAUGAAAGCAACUCUUUCAUCAGAUGGUGAGAUGAAAGUAACUCUUUCAUCAGAUGGUGAGAUGAAAGUACCUCUUUUAUCAGAUGGUGAGAUCAAAGUAACUCUUUCAUCAGAUGGUGAGAUGAAAGUUCCUCUUUUAUCAGAUGGUGAGAUCAAAGUAACUCUUUCAUCAGAUGGUGAGAUGAAAGCAACUCUUUCAUCAGAUGGUGAGAUGAAAGUACCUCUUUCAUCAGAUGGUGAUAUGAAAGUAAUUCUUUCAUCAGAUGGUGAGAUGAAAGUACCUCUUUCAUCAGAUGGUGAGAUGAAAGCAACUCUUUCAUCAGAUGGUGAGAUGAAAGUACCUCUUUCAUCAGAUGGUGAGAUGAAAGUAACUCUUUCAUCAGAUGGUGAGAUGAAAGUAACUCUUUCAUCAGAUGGUGAGAUGAAAGUACCUCUUUCAUCAGAUGGUGAGAUCAAAGUAACUCUUUCAUAA